AUGUCGAAAGAUUUAGAUCCAACUGGUGGAAUGUUUAGUGGAACACAAAACACAAUGGUUGGAAAGAUUAAAGGUCCCGGAAAACCAGAUCCUCAAACAUCUGCUCCACCGGGUGCUAGAACUGAUAUUGUAAAUCCAAAUCAACCGGCUGAUCCAAAUCGUGAUCAUGAACCAAAAAUUGAUUUUCAAAAAGAACCAAUACCAGGUCAAGGACCUCAAUCUGGUGGCUCUCAUAAAUAA